CCCCACACUUUGCAACCGUUACUGUGGGCGGGCUUGCGGUUGAAGUCUUAAAUGGCCCACAAUCCAUGUAGGUCUUCGAGGGACUACCGUUUAGCUGUCUGCACGACUGGGAUCACCUCAGCCUGUAAGUAGCGCAUAACUUUUGCUUCGUUUCCCGAACGACCAAACACACAAGUCUCUUCUGGACGACAUCAUCCAAGCAGAAGCUUGGGAAUCUCAACUGAUGCAGAACCCUGAUCUUCGAGCCAGAAUCGGGGGAUAAAUUACCCAGAUGAGGGGUUCGUGGAAAGUGAGGGGCAGAGAUCAGGAAAGGCGAGGGUGGAAACCCGGCAUGGUGGAUCUGAAGAAUUGCGGAUACUCUUUGUAUACCAAUCAUCCAAUUCGCUGUCUCGGCUUCGGCUCAACGGCCAUCGUUGGUACUCUGUGCAAGACACUCAUUGCGGCAAACGAAUGAUUGAGCCCAUAGCAUCUUUCCCUUCCGCGAAAUCCGUGCUGACAUCCAGAAACGUGGUGGAUCAUCUCUGCCAGUCUGGGAUGGGGCAAUCAUGGUGCGCACUCGAUAGAGCCGGUCCAGGGCAUUAUUAAUCUCGGCAAGCCCCGUCACCUCGGAUCUCCAGAUUCUCGUCUGAACAAGCCCAGGGCUUAGUUUUUGAGGGACUUGUUCUUCCCGUCCAGAACACCAACCCGCCAAUAUGUGUGGACUUACAGCUCUCCUCGCCCUCAAUGGAGGAUCCGAGUGCCUUCAAUGCGAUAGCAACCAGGACCCACAAGCUUUGGAACGUCAAAUGGACGAGAGCUUGGAGCUAGUUAAGCACCGUGGCCCUGAUGCAAGAGGCCAAUGGUUCAGCCCAGAUUACAGCGUGGGUCUUGGACACGCCCGUUUCUCUAUCAUCGACCUCAGCCCUGCCGGCAAUCAGCCUUUCCAUGACGACGAAGAUACAGUCCAUGCGGUCGUCAACGGAGAAUUAUAUGACUACGAGAAAUACAAAGCGGAGCUCGGGAACGAAUAUGAGUUCAAGAGCAACAGCGAUUGCGAGAUCGUGAUUGCCCUAUAUCGGCACUACGGUAUUUCCUUCGUCUCGAAAUUGAGAGGAGAGUUUGCUCUCGUUCUUUGGGAUGCGAAGCGAAAGCUCUUCUUUGCCGCUCGGGAUCGUUAUGGCAUCAAGUCUCUGUACUACACAGUUGUGAACAACAAACUCCUUGUCGCAACAGAGAUGAAGUCUUUUUUACCAUUUGGAUGGCAGCCGGAAUGGGACAAUGGCAAUAUCCUAGAAAAGGGUUGGCUGUGGAACGACCAGAUGUACUUCAAAGGUGUACGCAGACUCGAACCCGGCCAGUAUAUGGUCAGCUUGGAUUAUAAACCUCCAGAGGUGAAGACUUACUGGGAUCUGGAUUACCCCGACAAGAAAACCCUCGUCCCCAAGACAGAAGAGGAGAUAGUGCUCAAACUCAGAGAGCUUUUGCUAGAGUCGGUUAAACUUCGUCUGCGUGCUGAUGUGGAGGUUGGCAUCUACCUGAGCGGAGGAUUGGAUUCUUCCGCUAUUGCGGGAAUGACCGCACACCUCAUCAAACAAGGGGAGCUGCUAGGCAGUGAUUCUAGUGGAGAUAUUUCGAAGAUGAGCUGUUAUACCAUCCGGUUCGGAAAACAUACUGGAGUGGACGAGUCAGAUAUCGCACAACGCACAGCGGACUGGAUUGGAGUCGACCUGCACCCGGUGACGAUGACAGAAGACGAGAUUGCAGCUCGGUUUGAGGAUACCGUUUGGUAUACCGAGACACCCAUCCCGGAUGUCAAUGGGAUGGGCCGAGUUGCGGUUGGUGAAUUGGCUCAUUCGCAUGGAAAGAAAGUUAUCCUUACAGGCGAGGGAUCGGACGAACAUUUUGGGGGCUAUCCUGAUAUGCUGAGCAAAAUGUUCAUCGAACCAGAUCUGUCAUGGCCUCCGCCUCCUUUUGAGGUGCCAGACGACGUUAAGAUCUUCGAAGCAGGACGGGAAGCUAUACCGCUACCAGUCAACUCGCCUGCUUCAACAAAGCGAAUGCUGAAUAACUCAUCUGUGUUUGCUCGCGUCAAUUCAUUCUACAAUUUACCUUUUGCCUCGUGGGCCACUAGAUACGCGAUAAAAGAUCUCGAAACGGCCUUCGCAGAACGCUUCGGGGCACAAACUAUCUCCAAUAUCACCGAAAAAUGGCAUCCUCUGCACUCAGCAAGCUAUCAGUGGAUUAAAUCCAUCCUUGUCAACUAUAUCCUUCGGUACAUCGGUGACGGUGCCGACAUGGCCCACCAGAUCGAAACGAGGCCACCCUUCCUGGAUCACCACGUUACGGAAUUUGCAAACCAAAUCCCCCCAAGCUUAAAAAUUCGAUAUGACCCAGUCCGCAAAGUUCUGCGCGAGAAAUACAUUCUCCGCGAGGCAAUGCGGCCAUUUGUGACGGACGAAAUCAUGAACCGCACAAAGCAGGCAUACCUGGGACCUUCUCAGUAUAGAGAGGACGGGGCGCUAUACAAAGUCGUUAAGAAGCUACUUACGAAAGAAAACGUCAAGAGGCUAGGUUUCGUCGACUGGGACCAGCUACAAGAUAACCUUGUAAAAGGCUUCCGAGAAGGUGACCAAAGAGCCUUCCGUAUUUCGCUCUUCGUCGCCCAGCUUGUGGUUUUGUCCCAAAGGUUCGGGGUCAAGACGGCGACAGAUCCAUUGGGCAGCGACAGACCGGAGUUUAGUCACAAUGCCGGAACUACAGCCAUGCCGCGGAUGGGCAGCCGCCUAUAGCCACUUGAACCUUACCGAGAAAUUCCUUCUUGAGAACAUUCUGCUGGAAGACAGACGUGGCUCUCGGAAAUCGGCAUUUAUGAGGCGUUAGCGAGCUCUGAGUCUGUGCUUCCUGGUCUGCAGACUCGAGAAAUUACCACACCCUCAUGACUAGGAGCCUCACCGGCGAGUAUAACUGUGGAAUCUUGCGAACCUUCACGUCAUGGAUUAUUGCAUGUCGCCUCGUGGACAGCCGCACGCCGUGCGACAUACGGCCAAGCUUUGACUACAGAGCUGAACAAGGACACGUAUGCACCCC